AAACCGAAAAAGCUUCUCUCUCUCUCUCUCUCUCUCUCUCUAUCUCUCUCUCUCUCUCUCACUUCCUUUCGAGUUUGGACAGCUUAGUCUCCUCCAUCAAUCAGUUGCCCGAAUCAUGGAAGAAAUGAGGAGAAAAAGAGGAGCAAUCUGGUAAAGAAAUGAGUAUUUAGGUUAUGUAAAGAACCCCACAAAUUGCGUAAAAAAAGGCCCAAAACAGCAUUGCUAGCUCUCUUUCUUUCUAUGCUUCAAAAUUCCAGACUCUAAGCUUCAUAAUCCCCUCGGGGACCUUUAUCGCCCUCUAUCUGCUCUUAUUUCUGGUCUUGCUGUUGUUGUUGUUAUAGUGUCUUAUGGCUGGCAGUGAAAGCAAAAAUUCCAAGUUUGACAGUGAGGAGCCCAACUCAGACUUGGACCAAGCUUCAAGGAAAAACAUGGGGUUGAAUAUUGAAGGGUACCCAGUUGAGGGUUUAUCCAUUGGAGGCCAUGAAACUUGUAUAAUCUUCCCAACCCUCAAGUUAGCCUUCGACAUCGGACGCUGCCCCCAGCGUGCCAUCUCACAGGAUUUCCUUUUCAUCUCUCAUGGGCACAUGGACCACAUUGGAGGAUUGCCCAUGUAUGUUGCAACUCGUGGAUUAUAUGGUAUGAAGCCCCCUACAAUUAUUGUACCGACAUCUAUAAAAGAAGAUGUAGAGAAACUAUUUGAGGUGCACCGAAAAAUGGACCAAUCAGAGCUGAACCACAAUCUCAUUGGCUUGGAUGUGGGAGAAGAGUUGCAAAUAAGAAGGGAUCUUAAAGUACAAGCUUUUAGGACUUACCACGUCAUUCCAAGCCAGGGUUACGUAGUUUUCUCUGUAAAACAGAAACUUAAGCAAGAGUAUAUUGGCCUUUCCGGGAAUGAGAUUAAAAGCUUGAAAUCAUCAGGUGUGGAGAUUACGUACACCGUGACAGAACCUCAAAUUGCUUUUACGGGAGACACCACAGCUGACUUUAUAGUUGACAAAAGUAACAUUGAUGUUUUGAGAGCAAAGAUUCUAGUUAUGGAGAGUACCUUCGUUGAUGACUCGGUUUCGGUUGAACAUUCAAGAGAGUAUGGACACACUCAUCUACAUGAGAUAAUUAGUCACAAAGAUAAGUUUGAGAACAAAGCAAUUCUUCUGAUUCACUUUUCAGCUCGAUAUUCAGUAAAGGAAAUUCAAGAAGCUGUAUCCGCAUUGCCUCCGCCUUUAGCAGGCCGAAUUUUUGCACUUACAGAAGGUUUCUAAAGGAUAGGUAAUGGAGGCUGAUGGAUCAUCUUCCACUUUUUCCAUCAAGGAUCACCCUUCCAUCAAGGAUCACCCGCUUGUUAUAAUUUAGGUGUUUCAUGGAAUACAAAGUUUAUGAAACAAUGGUUUAGGGUUUUAUCUUUUACAUUUUUAGAGAUGAUGUAAAAACUCUAUCCAAUUAGUUCAAUUAUACACGUUAAACGAAACAAAUAUUUA